GGUUUGGAUACCGGUUCUGAUCCACGGAGCGAUGCAGAACCAGCCGCCGCAGGCCGCCUUCAUGGCCUCCUUCAUCCUGGAGGUGGACCAGUUCAUCCUGACCCCGCUCACCACCGCCACCCUGGACGCCAAGGACCACGAGACGCCGCAGGAGAGGCUGGUCUUCAACGUGACCGUCCCGCCCGCUGAGGGCUACAUCACCCACCUGGACGACCACACGAAGCCCGUCACGUCCUUCACCUGGCUCGACCUCCACGAGAUGAAGGUGGCGUUCCAGCCGCCCAACAGCAGCCAAUCACAUCGCAGGAACUACGAGGUGGAGUUUCAGGCUAUAGACGCCUCCUACAUGACCAGCCCGCCCAUCAUGGUCCACGUCUCCAUCAGGGCGGCCGAAACAAACGCACCCCGAGUCUCCUGGAACAUGGGUCUGGACCUUCUGGAGGGUCAGUCGCGACCAAUCACGUGGGAGGAGCUGCAGAUCGUCGACAACGACAACAUCGAUGCCGUCUACCUGGUGGCCGUGGAUGGACCUCUUCACGGACGCCUCAGUGUCAGAG